CUGAGUGUAGACUGUGGCAGUACAAUAAGUACACAGGCUUCAGAUUACAAGCUUUGCUUUUCUAUAUGCAAAACACUUUCUCCUGUUUACACGAGCAUUUAGAUCAGUUCUCUGUGAGGUGGAGACUAUAUGUUGUGUUAAUGUGUAUGGUAAAUAAUCAGUGUACACUGUUAUUGGCUUAUGUACUUCUUGGACGAUUACCAAGUCAAGUCUAGAAGUGUUUCCUGAGCAGCCAUAUGUUGACAGAUAAAAAAGAAACCAGUGCGAUUCAGCCUCUCUUGGGAGGGUUAGACCAACUGUGUGUCUGGAAGCUAUGUGAUAACAGCUCCCGGGCAAUCUCGGACUGAAGUGACGUCAUUAUGGUCAGCAUACCGGAUUGGGCCAGGUUCUCGCGCCUGCAUGACCUUAAGUCCAACAAGAAUGACCCCAACUCCCAUCUGCGGAAGUACUACAAACAGCGAGAGGAGGAGGCGGUCCGGCAGGCAGAGCAACAGGGAUACUUCAUUGUGCCCGAGGAGAAGUUCAUUCUGGAACACUGCAGGGCCGCGAACAGGAAGGCCAAGAGGCUGAGUCAGCUGUUUUUAGUACAGUUGAAUGGACUGCAUUUGCGGAAAGUUGGUGAAAUAAGCAUGUGUUUGAAUCUCCAGAUAUGUAACCUUAGCAACAACUUCCUGCCCAAGAUAGAGCCCCUAGCAGGAUGUCGUCAUCUUGUCAAGCUAGAUCUCCAUAGCAACCAGUUGUCUUCUAUCCCGGGAAUGGCAUUCUGGUCUGGGUUUCGCAGACUGAAAUUUCUGCAUCUGCAUGACAAUCCAUUAGGCAAGUUUGAAACAAUUCACAGCCUGGGGACCUGUCCUCGUCUGAUUGGCUUGACCCUGUAUGACACUCCUCUCUGUCUCCGCAAGAACUACCGGCAUCACGUGGUCAACUCUGUGUGGACUCUGCGAGUCCUUGACCACCAUGUUGUGUCUGAUGAGGAGAUCAUUGAGGAUUCCAACUUCGGGGGGAUGUUUGCCACGAUGAACCCUUCCCUGUACAUUGAGAUGUGUCUCCCUGGAAUGGAGGACAACACGUACGAGGAUGAAGUGUGGUUGCUGCAGCAUAUAGAGGCUCGCAUCAACAUCAUCCAGGCCCACCGCUCCCCCGUCCUCAUCAUACAGAGAUAUUACCGCGGAUACAUCUCUCGGAAAAGACACAGUCUCGGUAUUCAGCGCCACAUCAAGAAGGGCAUGCAAGCCACAUCCUCCGAACUCCUCCCACCGCCACCAUCUACACCCAUGAACAUUGCUGCACAGAGUUUGCAGGACCUGGGGCCUGAUGGGAUAUCUAUGGACUAUGAUACCUACAUGAAGCAUCGCCGACCGGGAUCCCACAUCCCCAGCGACGCCACGGUGACCUCGGUCCACCACCAGUCUCUUGUUGGGAGUCUUGAUGACCAAGGGGAGACGUCAGCAGCUGGGCCAGGGAACACAGACUCUCCUCGCAAAAAGACAAACCUUGUCAUAAAUCUUGCCAAACUCCAGAACAGCACAUUCCAGAGUCUACAGGAGGAUGCAGUUGCCAUAGAAACCAUCUUCUCAAUGGAUGCCCAUGAGAGGAGUACUUUGACAGAUUCUGUCCGCAGACCAAGGAGGAAGAAGAAACGAGACGAAGGCGCCAACAGACCCAGGAAGGUGAAAAGUGUCAAGCAGUUCUUUGGCCCAAUGGUUGAGACAGUAGAAGAGGAGGAUCAGGGAGAAGUGGGGGAGGAUGACACGCCCAUCACCCACUACCGUCUCCGUGGCAAGCGGCCCAACAUCCACCUGGUGGACACAACUACUGAAAUGAUCCUGGAAAGGAAGGAAGCUGGGAGGCAGGUUCGGGAGGCGGAAGCUGAACAUCACCGCAAGAUCAUGGAUGCUCCUCUCCCCAGACUUGUGUUGCCCAAACACACCACAACAGAUCAAAGAAUAUUUGCCCGGGUCCAUGGCACCAUGGGAAUGUCCUGUCUGUUUGCUGUGCAGAAAGCGUACAAGGACCGUGAGAAGGCGGAAAAAGCUGCUGCAAAGAUGGAGUACAUCUUAAAUAUGCGCGAAGAACGAAUGCGAGCAAGAGACCGGAUAAAUAUGUAUCAUGAGGAAAAGAGGAAUCAAGCAUUAAAGAAGAGAGACCGAGACAGAGUACGGAUGUUGGAUUCUUUAGAACGGCACGAGCUACAGAGACUUAACUACCUUGACAGGCGCAUGGAGGUCAAGAACAAGGCAAAUGAUGUUGCCAAGAGUCACAGGAUCGACCAAAGUUUUGUGACAGAGUUCAACAACCAGCACACAUCUGUUUCAAACGCCCUGCUGCGCCAUGACAGACAGGCCAAGGUGGAGGACCUGGUUCAGUCCAAGAAAAGGUUCGUCCUUGACAAGAAGUGUGAUGAGGGGGAGCAGCAGACCAUGGUCCGGAAGUUCAUGGAGCAUCGGCAGCUGAUGAGGCAGAGAGAGACUUCAACCACACGAGCUGCCCUCGGCACCAAGCUUCUCCAGGAGACCAACGAGAGGUUCAUAGAAGCUCAGCAACGCGUGUCCCACUUGAAGACGAGGAGGGCCAUAGUGCAAGCCUUCUAUCCCCUGCCGCCCAACAAUGUCCCGAGUUCUGCCGCUUCAGCUCCACCUGGGAUCAGCAGAUGGGAGGCGUCCGCUAUGCUGUCGGCAGGAAGAAUUGGUCGACAUCAUACCAUGGUCCUAUGAUCAGUCUUCUUAUGCUGGAGUUGAUCUAUCACCAUUGCAUGAUGCGUCAGUUUAGCAAGUUAUUCCUUGUCAGAUGUGUGAGGAUUUUUUUCAAGUGAGCUCUGCUGAAUGUUUAUGCUAUGAUUUUCAAACUGCUAAAAUUUCAUGAUUGUGCCUGUUGUAUACACUUCAGUAUUGCCUACCUGUAAAAUAUCUUGCCUUAAUUUUGAAGUAUCAAUGUUUAAAAUUGAAUAUAACCCUUUCAUGUCAUUUAUGUAGAUAAGGUGUAAUUUCUGAAAAGUUUCAAAAUCUAAUCUAUUUUGAAAUUGGUUCACGAUGAGGACCAGCAUAUGCCACAGUUACCAUGGUUACUGGUAUAUGUGGAUGGACACUCUUACAUCAGUAGGAGAACAUAUUAUCCCAUAAUCUAUGUUCCUCUUUGUGAGGAAUAAUUAUAGAUUUUGUUAUAGUUUAAUUACCUGUUGCAAGCUUUAGAAAGAUUUUGUAAAACAAAUGUGUAGUUUCGGUAUGAAGUUUGAUAUGUUGUGUUCGUAGAUAGUAUGAAUUUUGAAUAUAAAAUGUCUAUGUGUUUAAUAAAUACUUUUAUCUUACUGUUAAGAAACCAGCAAGUUGUUUCAUGAUUAAGUAUUUCUUCCUAUGACUGUUAAUAUCAUAAUGUGUCUACAUGAUAUCUACAAUGCCAGGUGAUCAGUCAAGGUUAAUGAAGGUCAAUACUGUUAUCCGUGAAAUGAUAGGAAAAAGCGAGUCAAGGCUGGCAGACACUACAAUGACAAUAACGAUUCUACUGAGACUGUACAGUUUCGUUGUCUCAUCUAUGAAGUUCACAAGGUUUCGGGCACCGUUGGGUUGUUUAGUGGUUAAAGCGUUCGCUUGUCACACCAAAGCCCCGAGUCGAUUCUCGACGUGGGUUCAAUGUGUGAAGCCCAUUUCUGGGUGAUAAUGCUGGAAUAUUGUUAAGAGCGGCGUUAAACCACACUCUCACUCACUCACUCACUUACAAGCUUCACUGUGUCUUAAGUUCCCCCCAGUAGAACCUGACCAGUCUUGUCACAUUGACUUCUGCAAACAAAGUCAAACAGAAAUGCCAAAGUUUGAGUAUUUCCAGCCUCAUGGUACAUAGUACUAAAUGCAAUGAGACUAACAGCAAGACCAGUUGUGACAGAUGUGGAGUGCCGGAAACAAUACAACAAUAUUUGUUAUACUGUCCAACUGUCCUUCCAUUUUGGGUAAGUUUUUUUAAAAUGGAUGAAAAGGAAUGUAAAUAUAUUGAAAUUUACAGAGAUACAGUAUUAUUUGGAGUGAAAAAAGAGUGUGUCCAUGGACGAGACGAUACACAAAUACCUUCUACUCACGGCAAAAAGAAGUCAAGGACAGUAAUGACAAUGCAAUUCUGUGAAAUGUAUAGGAAGAUGACAGUAUCUUGUGAUUUGUGGUUAAUAUGCAUCCCAUGACUGCCAGUUUUUAAUAAUUUGAGCAUUUGUUGGUGUUCAGUGUACCAAUAGACUUGUUACAACAUCUUUGUGUAGUAUCUCUAUAGAAAACUUGUUAUAAGAUGUGGGUAAAUACAGCACCUGUAUUGUUAAGUGGUUGCAGUAUCUAUCCUUACAAGUAUUGUAGGACACUCCAUAGACUUGUAUCUAUCCCGCCUCCAUGUAGUCUUCCUUGCGUCCAUGUAGUCUUCCCUGCAUCCAUGUAGUCUUCCCUGCGUCCAAGUAGUCUUCCCUGCGUCCAUGUAGUCUUCCCCGCGUCCAUGUAGUCUUCCCUGCGUCCAUGUAGUCUUCCCUGCGUCCAUGUAGUCUUCCCUGCAUACAUGUAGUCUUCCCUGCAUACAUGUAGUCUUUCCUGCGUCCAUGUAGUCUUCCCUGCGUCCAUGUAGUCUUCCCUGCGUCCAUGUAGUCUUCCCCGCGUCCAUGUAGUCUUCCCCGCGUCCAUGUAGUCUUCCCCGCGUCCAUGUAGUCUUCCCCGCGUCCAUGUAGUCUUCCCUGCGUCCAUGUAGUCUUCCCUGCGUCCAUGUAGUCUUCCCCGCGUCCAUGUAGUCUUCCCCGCGUCCAUGUAGUCUUCCCUGCGUCCAAGUAGUCUUCCCUGCGUCCAUGUAGUCUUCCCCGCGUCCAUGUAGUCUUCCCUGCGUCCAUGUAGUCUUCCCUGCGUCCAUGUAGUCUUCCCUGCGUCCAUGUAGUCUUCCCUGCGUCCAUGUAGUCUUCCCCGCGUCCAUGUAGUCUUUCCCGCGUCCAUGUAGUCUUCCCUGCGUCCAUGUAGUCUUUCCUGCGUCCAUGUAGUCUUCCCUGCGUCCAUGUAGUCUUCCCUGCAUACAUGUAGUCUUCCCUGCAUACAUGUAGUCUUUCCUGCGUCCAUGUAGUCUUCCCUGCGUCCAUGUAGUCUUCCCUGCGUCCAUGUAGUCUUCCCCGCGUCCAUGUAGUCUUCCCCGCGUCCAUGUAGUCUUCCCCGCAUCCAUGUAGUCUUCCCUGCGUCCAUGUAGUCUUCCCUGCUUCCAUGUAGUCUUCCCUGCGUCCAUGUAGUCUUCCCCGCGUCCAUGUAGUCUUCCCCGCGUCCAUGUAGUCUUCCCUGCGUCCAAGUAGUCUUCCCUGCGUCCAUGUAGUCUUCCCCGCGUCCAUGUAG